CCUUAGGCAAUUACUGCCGCUCGCCUAGGCUGGCCGCUCACUUAGAGCCGGGGCAAGGAGCCGGCUGCCGAGCCGGCGGCAGCUGCCAGCAAUUCUGGAGAGGCUCCCCAGCCCACCGCUAUGGAUCUAUUCGACUUUUUCAGAGACUGGGACUUGGAACAGCAGUGUCACUAUGAACAGGACCGGAAUGCACUUAAAAGAAAAGAGUGGGAACGGAGAAAUCAAGAAGUCCAGCCAGAUGAAGAUCUCUUUGCCUCAGGUUUCAGUCUUUUUGGGGAACCCUACAAGACAAACAAAGGUGAUGCACUUGCCAGCCGAGUCCAGAACACGCUGGGAAACUAUGAUGAAAUGAAGGACUUAUUAACCAAUCAUUCCAAUCAGAGCCAACUAGUGGGAAUCCCCAAGAAUUCUGUACCCCAGACUCCCACUGAAAAAAACGAACCAAGCUUUUUUCCUGAACAAAGAAAUCGGAUGAUUGCACCUCAUCAGGGUGGUAGCCACGCAUCGACAUCAAUGCCUCCCCCAACUUCGGUGACCUUGAGUUCAAGUGUAUUACACAGUCACCAGAACAUCAGAAAAGCAAGAGCCGAUUGGCCACGGGCUAGUCACAGUUCCACCAUUACCCAGGCAAGCCAGUCUACUGGUCAGCCAAGUCGAAUGAAACACAGCUCUUCCCAUGAUCAGCCUCAAGGUAGAUUUGAAGACCUGUUCAGCGGUCCAAGUGAACAACCCCAAAAUGGAGGAAUGGAGGAUGCCAGCACAGCAGCAACAGCAUCAUCUCAUUCAAGAAGACUUAGUCAUUCAAAGUCCAAUGGUGGAGACCCUUCUUAUAAAGAGAGCAUUCAGUGCCCGUCCCCAAUAGAUUUUGAAUUUUUAGCAAAUGGGCCUUUUUCUCCGCUCCCUUCCACAUCUUUACUCUCUGCAGCCAGUAGUCUUGCAAUUCAAAAUUUCCCACAAGGCCUUUACUGCAAAACAAGUAUGGUUCAGCAGAAGCCUACUGCUUACGUGAGGCCCAUGGAUGGUCAGGAGCAACUACCAGACUUCUCCCCCACACUGAAGCCGAUGCUUGAAAUUGAGAGUGGAUAUUCAAGUCAAACAUUUGGGACACUGCUGGAGGGAAAACCUAGUGCAACCACUUCAAAGACUAAACUCCCAAAGCUCACCAUCCCUCAGCCAAGUGAAUCUGAGGUACAUGACCUUGUAUACGUUGAGCAACAUGGGAGCAUUGGAUCUAAUGAAUCACAUCUGUCAACCUCCAUUGCCAUGGCAACUGCCUUCCAUUCUACAUCCAAGAGACCCCGCAAAAUCAACCUUUCUAGCGAUCCCAGCUGUGUGGAAGAAAUUUUGAGGGAGAUGACUUACACCUGGCCUCCACCUCUUACUGCAAUUCAAACUCCAGGAAAAGCAGAACAGAGUAAAUUUUCCAACUCAGGCAAGGACCUGCAACUUUCGACCUCAGGAUACAGUGCACAAAAGUGGAGUGACCCAGACAUCAAAGUGUCAACCAAACCACCUGUGUCACAGAAGUCAAUGCUUGAAGACGACCUGAAAAUCAGCAGCGAUGAGGAUGAAAAUGAGCAGGACAUUGAAAAGGCAAAAGCCAUGGACAUUCCUUCAAACCCGACACUGCCGCCGCCUGCCCCUGAGCCUGUCGUCAUUCCCUCCAGUGGGGGGUCUGGAAGCUCCAGUGAAUCUGACAGCAGUUCUGAGUCUGAUUCUGACAGCGAGAGCACCUCUAGCGACAGCGAGGGCAAUGAGGAAUCCCGCAGCAACACGCCCGAGCCAGAGCCUCCUUCAACCAACAAGUGGCAGCUCGACAAAUGGCUGAACAAAGUGAACCCUCAUAACAAGACCAUUAUAAGCAACCAAAAUGAGACUUCCAACGAGAACAGUUCUCUACUUUCCAUCGCUCCACAAACUGAAGUACAGAAUAAGGGCAAAGUCAAUCCUGGCCUAUUCCAGAUCGAACCCAAAGAGAGGCCCCUCCUGAGCCCUCUCCGGGAGAAGGCUCGACAACGGCUUAUCCAGAAACCACCUCCUCCUGUAGAGGCCAAAAACUCCAGGCAGAAGUCGCCCGCUCAAAACGAAGCAGCCUCACAAAGGCCCAUAGGCAAAAAGCAACCCCAAAAGGUCGAAAGGACACCCAGCACUGAAGAAUGCCCCUGGCCUAGACCAAAUAUUCAGCCCAGCAACACUCCCAAAGAAAAAGACACACUGGAACACCCAGAGCAGGCCAAAGCACGGAACAGAGCAGCAGUUGGAAAACUGGCCCCAAGGAAAGAACCCAAACUUACUGCAGCAUUUAUUGCUGAAAAGAAGAAGUUCAGAGGCCCUGGAAAAAUUGUCCCCAAGUCUCGAGAAUUUGUGGAAACUGAUUCCUCAACUUCAGACUCAAACACUGACCAAGACGAAGCCUUACAGGUCAAAGCGGUGCCUCCUGGUCCUUCACUGACCAAUGCCAUCAAACCUAAGGAGGCUCCAGGCAACAGCAUCAUCGGUGUCAGCACUUUAACCAGAAGCAGCAGCAGCAGCCUCUGUAUGGACGUCACCACCAAUGAGGUGGAGGAACAGCUUUUCUCACCUCUGCGCAUUGUGCAAACGGAACUUCUGUCCCCAAUACGUGAUUAUGACGACACUAAAGCACUUUGGGUCAAAAUAGAUCUUGGCUUACUGUCUAGAGUGCCUGGCCAAGACCCACCUGAAACCACUUCUGCCAAGUCUGAGCCCAGAGAGAAUAACACAAAACCACCACAACCACAAACACAACCACCACAGUUCCCCCAGUCCCGAGAGUCACCUGGCCCUUCAUUUGCUGAGAAGAUGCCUGCCAAGAACAAGAGGAAAUACAAGCCAUCUGACCCUUUGGACUUGUUCACGGAGAACAAGAAGCAACGGCUAGAACACAUUCCACCUUCCUGCCUGCUCCCACCUUGCAUUUCACCAAUACCCAGUAGUCACAGAUUCCCAACCACUAAAGAAAAUAUUCCAGCCAAAAAAAUGACAAAGAAAAGAGAUGACAAACUCUUCCCACCUCCACUGUCCCCAUUGUCGGACGAGCCCCUACAUCGGCGAGUCAGCUCUGACAGCAACAGUUCCGCUGGGCAGGAAGUUCCCAUGCCCACUGCUUUUCCAGCUGCCAGUUGUUCCUUUGCCAGACACAGAAAGAAUGAGAGCAAGAGCCAUUUAAACUUCAGAAUAUGUGGUGAAGAUACGUAUAAUCGGGGUCCCAGCAUUGGGCUUCGGGAUAGUAAUCAACUGGAGAUGGCUACUUGGUCUUCAAUGUCCUCCCUAGCCAAUGGGAGCUCAGAGGCCAGAAGACCUCGGAUUCAUUUUGAUGACGUGCCUCACAAUGCCGACUAUUACAUGCAGGAGGCCAAGAAGCUGAAGCACAAAGCUGACGCACUGGUAGAGAAGUUUGGCAAAGCCGUAUAUUACACUGAUGCGGCCCUCUCCUUCAUCGAGUGCGGCAACGCAAUGGAGCGGGACCCACUGGAGGCAAAAUCUCCAUACACCAUGUACUCUGAAACUGUGGAGCUCAUCAGGUACGCCCUGAGGCUCAAGAAUUUCACCUGCUCUUCUGCCACCGAAUGGGACAAGAGACUUGCGAUUUUAUGCUACCGAUGCUUAUCACUCCUGUACUUGAGAAUGUUCAAGCUAAAGAGGGACCAUGCUAUGAAGUAUUCCAGAUCUCUGAUGGAAUAUUUUAAGACUUCUUCCAAGGCUGCCCAGAUACCAUCUCCAUGGGGAAGCUGUGGAAAGAGCACAGAUGCACCAUCACCUUUGUCCCUCAGUCCUUCAUCAUCAAGUGCUUUACCAUCCUUGGGACCUAUUGUCAUUCCUCACCGAAUCCACCACAUGGCAGCCAGCCACGUUAACAUCACCAACAAUGUACUUCGUGGUUACGAACACUGGGACAUGGCAGAUAGACUCACUAGAGAGAACAGAGAAUUUUUUGCAGAUCUGGAUUCACUGAUGGGGCCUUUGACGCAACACAGCACAAUGACCAACCUGGUUCGUUACAUCCGCCAAGGACUGCACUGGCUUCGCCUGGAAGCCCACCUGUCCUAAUGGCUGAGCCGUCAUCUUCAUCAUCCCAUAGUUCUACCUCUACCAGCAUUCUGACGAUCACCGGUGGAACUUUGCUCAUUUGGGAAACAUUUUUGAAUUUACGUGUUCGUUCUUAUGCCUCUUUUGAUAGCUGUGGGAAGCAGGAGUCAAUCGAUAUAAGUGGACACUACAUCUCCAGAGUAGCAUAUGUUAAGUUAUCUAGCUAUUGUGGGUUAUUUUAGCUACAUAUUUCCAACCAUGUACCCAUUAUAUGCUUUAUAGAAUACUACAUUCCCCGCAGUCUUGUUUCAUGUCCACACUGCCUAAAACUAAAAAUGGAAAGAAAGCACUUUGUGAAGAUGACGGAUUCCCAAGAAAUAAAGCAUAAAUGUCUUA